GACACUGAUCCAUGGUGAUAAAAAAGCUGGCUUCACGGUGUUCUGGGCUGAUGAUGGACUGGAUACUGGGCCCAUCCUGCUGCAGAAAGAAUGUGUUGUUGAGCCCAAUGACACAGUGGACACGCUGUACAACCGAUUCCUCUUCCCAGAGGGUAUUCAAGCUAUGGUGGAGGCGGUGCAGCUCAUUGCUGAUGGAAAGGCCCCUCGAAUUCCCCAGUCAGAAGAAGGAGCAAGUUAUGAGGGGAUUCAAAAGAAAGCCAAUGCCAGGGUGAGUGUCUCAUUCAGGAGGACGGGUACCAAAGAGCGCCAUGAGAAUGAGGUGAAUGUACCACCGAGCUACCACAGCCAUCUAUGUGGAAAAGAGAGCUGCCUUCUCGGGCGCCUGGGGGAGCAGAUAGUGGGGGUUGAGGGCCCUGCUCAGGAGCCCAGAGUAGGGAAGAUGAGGGUGGAGGAAG